ACGGAUUCGUAAACACCAGGCAUUUGGAGUUUCUGAGUUGACAGACGGCCGACCCGCUCUCCACGACAAACCCACACCCCCCUCCCACCUCUAAUCCCUUUCCAAUCCAAUCCAAUCCAAUCAACUGUCAAUUGCCUUAUUCUGUUAAUUGGGUUUCCGAAUUGCGAAAAGUGUUUGGAUUCUGGGUUUCCGAUUCGGUGGACCUCCAGCUCCAGCUCCGGCCUGCCUCUGCCUCUGGGUUUUCAUUCAAAUUUAAGAUCUUUUGGGUCUGAAAAAAAAAAAAGAAGCUUUCAGCUUGCUUGGCUGUUGGUGUAAGCUUGGAAAAGAUUCCGGUCGGCGGUCGGUGUCGUUGUCUGGAGGCGAAGGAAGGUUUCGGUUUGGGGCUUCCCUUAUAUCAAAUUUGGGAGGCUUUGGCUUUGAUUCAUUACGACUUGAGUUGAUACCUGCUGCUGAGAAUUAGUCAACAUGGUUAGUGGGCAUUUGUUCCAUUGUAGAAAGAAUUCAUGGCCGCCUGAGGAGUAUAUCAGCAAAAACACUUUGCACCUGUUUGAUUUUGAUAGUGCUGCCCCACCAGAACAUGCCUGGAGGAGGAAGUUAAACAGCCAUGCUAAUCUUCUCAGAGAAUUUAGUGUUACAUUUAGGGAAGCGAUAAAGAUGGUUCGCUUAGGUAUACGCCUGUGGUCAUACAUCAGGGAAGAGGCUUCUCACGGAAGGAAAGCACCUAUUGAUCCUUUUACUCGAGAAAGUUGCAAGCCAUCUGCAGCUCAGGGGGUUCCACUUGGAGGGAUGGGAAGUGGCAGCAUAUCUAGAGGUUUUAGAGGCGAGUUCAGGCAAUGGCAAAUCAUUCCUGGUAUCUGCAAAGGUUCUCCUGUCAUGGCCAAUCAGUUCUCCAUUUUUAUAUCUAGAGAAGGAACGAAUAAAAAUUAUGCAUCAGUCUUGGCCCCGGGUCAUCAUGAAGGAUUAGGAAAAGCUGAUGAUGAGGGUAUAUCAUCAUGGGGAUGGAACCUGGGUGGCCAGCAUUCAACAUACCAUGCACUAUUUCCAAGGGCGUGGACCAUAUAUGAUGGUGAACCUGAUCCAGAAUUGAAAAUUUCUUGUCGGCAAAUAUCGCCAUUCAUCCCUCAUAAUUAUAGAGAAAGUAGUCUUCCUACAGCCGUUUUUGUUUACACGUUGGUGAACACUGGAAAAGAAAGAGCAAAAGUCAGCCUUCUAUUUACAUGGGCGAAUUCAAUUGGAGGAGUCUCACACUUGUCGGGCGAUCAUGUGAAUGAACCAUUUAUUGGCGAAGAUGGAGUCUCUGGUGUACUUCUACAUCACAAGACUGCAAAAGGGAAUCCUCCUGUUACAUUUGCAAUAGCUGCGUGUGAAACUCAAAAUGUAAGCGUGAGUGUGUUGCCAUGUUUUGGGUUAUCUGAAGGAAGUACCACUACGGCGAAAGAAAUGUGGAAUAAAAUGGUGCAGGAUGGGCAAUUUGGUCGUGAUAAUUUCAAUUCUGGACCAUGCAUGUCUUCAUCACCUGGAGAAACACUCUGUGCUGCAGUAGCAGCUACUGCUUGGGUGGAACCUCAUGGGAAGUGCACUGUUGCAUUUGGCGUAUCAUGGUCAUCUCCAAAAGUAAAAUUUUUGAAGGGAAGCUCAUACCAUAGGAGGUACACAAAAUUCUAUGGGACCUCUGAAAGGGCAGCUCAGGACUUGGUGCAUGAUGCGCUGACAAAUUAUAAGCGAUGGGAAGAAGAUAUUGAAAAGUGGCAAAGCCCUAUCCUCAGGGAUGAAACAUUACCAGAAUGGUACAAGUUCACAUUAUUCAAUGAGCUCUACUUUUUGGUGGCUGGUGGGACAGUUUGGAUCGAUUCUCCCUUGCCAGCAACAAACAUUCCAGACAAUCAACACCAAUUGACAAAUGUUGAAAAUACAGAUGUUAAGGUUAGCGAAGCUGAAGUAAAUAACAAUCACAACGCAGUUGUUGAGCACACUGCUACUGGUUGCCAAAGGAGUGCACAUUUGGACCCACAAAUUGCCAAUGAAGAUGUUGGGAGGUUCCUCUAUCUGGAAGGAGUGGAAUAUAUCAUGUGGAACACAUAUGACGUACACUUUUAUGCAUCAUUUGCCCUUCUCGAGCUGUUUCCCAAAAUUGAACUUAAUAUUCAAAGGGACUUUGCAAAAGCUGUCUUAUCAGAAGAUGGAAGAAAAGUAAAGUUUCUUGCGGAGGGUAACUGGGGAAUUCGUAAGGUUAGAGGAGCUGUCCCUCAUGAUCUGGGAACACACGAUCCUUGGAAUGAAAUGAAUGCAUAUAAUAUUCAUGAUACUAGUAAGUGGAAGGAUUUGAACCCAAAGUUUGUGCUUCAGGUGUAUAGAGAUUUUUCUGCAACAGGGGAUAUGUCAUUUGGAGUAGAUGUUUGGCCUGCUGUUCGUGCUGCAAUGGAGUACAUGGAACAAUUUGACCGGGACAAUGAUGGUCUCAUUGAAAAUGAUGGUUUCCCUGAUCAGACCUACGAUGCUUGGACAGUUCAUGGAGUAAGUGCUUACUGUGGGUGCUUGUGGCUUGCUGCACUUCAAGCUGCAGCCGCAAUGGCCCUUCAACUAGGCGACAAGGCCUUUGCUGAAUGGUGCAAAACCAAAUUUUUAAAGGCAAAACCAUCUUUUGAGGAAAAAUUGUGGAAUGGUUCUUAUUUUAAUUACGACAGUGGAUCAAGUAGUAACAGUAAGUCUAUACAAGCAGAUCAACUGGCUGGGCAGUGGUAUACGGCAUCUUCUGGUUUACCUUCACUUUUUGAUGAUUUUAAAAUCGAAAGCUCUCUGCAGAAAAUCUAUGAUUUCAAUGUCAUGAAAGUUAAGGGAGGAAAAAUGGGUGCCGUAAACGGAAUGCAUCCCAAUGGGAAGGUGGAUGAGUCUUGCAUGCAGUCACGUGAAAUAUGGACUGGUGUCACAUAUGGGGUGGCUGCUCUGAUGAUUCUUGCUGGAAAGGAGAAAGAGGCAUUCGCUACUGCUGAAGGUAUUUUUAUUGCCGGCUGGUCUGAAGAUGGCUUUGGAUACGCCUUCCAGACGCCUGAAGGAUGGACGAUGGACGGCCACUUCAGAUCUCUAAUAUACAUGAGGCCACUAUCUAUUUGGGGGAUGCAAUUCGCGUUGAACAUGCCCAAGGCAAUUCUCGAGGCUCCCCAGAUCAACAUAAUGGACAGAAUACAUUUAUCGUCUGUCAGUUCACGAUCCUCUCACAACGAAACAGGUGUGAGAAAGAUUGCAACCAAGGCAAAGUGCUUUGAAAAUUCUGUUUUUAACUGUGCAUGCUGAUAUUGUAACAUGUAACUUGAUUGUAUCGUUAAAGAAGCGUCUAGUGAAAUCUUCGCUUCCUCGAACCCUCUCGGUGUGAAGUAAUAUAUAAGCCGGGAGAGGUUUGGGGGAAGUCUUGAAGAAAUAGCCAAAUAGGUUAUAAAAAAAAAAAAAAAAAAGAGUUGUUUUCGCACCAUGUUCAGGUAUCUAAUUCUGAGUUAAUACAGAAAAAUCUUGAGGAGGAUGCCUAAGCUUUGGUUCCAGAUUUGCCAAAGCUCCACAGAGUCUUCCCAAUGUAUGGCUCAACUGCAUUUGAUGGUAAUUUACACUAAAGUUCUAUUGUACCCCACGGUGCCUUAUGCUCCGGUGUUUUUAGUCGUUAGAUUUUGAUAAUUGUAUUUUUUCUAUGGAUCUGAUAACUAAAAAUUCCGGAGCACAAUGGAAAACUCCGUAAUUUUUUUACAUGAAUAAAAUCGGUGGUCAAAAUUGCCACCUUCCAGUUCCUAA